GUGACAACAUUCUAAAUCUGAAGAUUAAAUUGAAAGCCAUCUUCACCUUGAAACUUUCGGAUGUAUGGGCGUAUGUGUGUAUCAGUGUCGAUGUUAAAACGAAUGAACAAGCUUACUGAAAUUAAUUGAUAACAUUCGAUAAUAUACUUGCAUAUUAAAUAUAAUUUGUGACAAGUAAAUUACCCAGGAAUAUUAAAGACCAACUAUCAAAGAAUGGUAGAAACAGAAUAUCUUUAAUGAAAUACAAGGUAAAAUUGGAUAAACUAUUUCUGAAUUAAAACCAAAGAGGGGAAGUACAAACUAAGAAGAAAGUGAGAAUACAUCAUUUCUUUAACAAAGUAAAGAAAUAGAAUCUGAACUGGAGUGUUAUGUAUUUGGAUAAUAAAUAUUACCAUUUUGUGACCAUCAUUUUGGCCAUACUCAGUUACCUGGGUGAUGGUCAACAAAUAUGUGAUUCUACGACUUGUAAAGCACCAAACUGUCACUGCUCCGGGGUGAACAUUCCGGGUGGAUUCCAUCCAGAAGAUAUUCCUCAAAUAGUUUUACUGUCGUUCGACGAUGCUGUCAACUGGGACAAUUGGGAUUACUACCUGAAACUCUUCCCACCCGACGGACGCCGAAAGAACCCAAACGGGUGCCCUAUCUCCAUGACUUUGUUUGUCUCUCACAACUACACUGAUUACUGUAUGGUUCGUAAACUACACGGACGAGGCAUUGAAAUAGCAGACCACAGCCUCACACAUCAGGUACCGCAUGAAUGGUGGAAAAAUGCUAGCGAAGAAGAGUUAGCUAAUGAAAUAUUAACUCAACGUCACAACCUUGCAAAUCUUGCAGAAAUUCCAAUUGAACAUAUUCGAGGUUGGCGAAGUCCAUUUCUGCAACCAACAGGCGACACGAUGUUUACCAUUCUUUGGAAGAAUAAUUUUACUUAUGAUGCCACCCUUACUCAUCCUUUUCCCAGGAAUGUUUAUUCACCAGUAAUUUGGCCAUUUACACUGGAUUCUCCCCUCGCUAUUGGUUGCAACAUUAAACCGUGUCCACAAAAGUCUUACCCUGGCUUCUGGGAAGUUCCUGUAGUCACCUUAAUGGACUACAGAGAGCAUUUGCCUUGUGCCUAUGUAGAUUUCUGCCAAAACAAACCACGAAACAAAGACGAAGCGUUUCAAAUAUUGUGGAAGAAUUUUCUGAGGAACUACCGGACCAACAGAGCUCCGUAUUAUUUAAAUCUUCAUUCUCCUUGGUUAGAUAAGACUGACAAUCUAGAUGCAAUGGAUGAGUUUUUAAAUCGUUUAGUAGCUAUGGAAGAUGUCUUUAUCAUCAACAUUCACCAAGCUCUUGAAUGGAUGCGUUCGCCUACAUCCAAUAUGAAUAUAAUGGACUUUUUGCCAUGGCAAUGUCCCUUUUUCAAACCGAAUAUCGAAGAUGGUAUUUACUGUGUAAUGACUUACAAACCGCGUACUACUACCACUAAAGCGAUGUAUUCUAAUAGACCGAAUAAGGACAGCAAUUCUGACGCCAGAAAGAAUAAUCAAACAAAGCUGAACAGUAAUAUUAAUAGAGCGUAUCCACCUGGAUUUUUUGAAGAAGAACAAAUAACGAGACAUACCACUAAACGCAGACCUUGGUUUCUGCGUAACUCUGCGGCAAGAAAUAAUUCGUUUAAAUUUGUAAUAGGUUGGGUUUCUUUGUUUUGGAUACUGUUUUCAAGAUAAAACUUCUAAAUCUAACAAAAUCAAACCACCGAGAUAGUGUGAACCAGAAAGAACUAUAACUAAAACGCUUGAAGGUUGUUAAAUACAGAGAGGCUUAUAAUUUCAAUCAUAUGGGUGAUUUUUAUAAGUAUAUAUUAUAUCGUUGUUUAGGUCACGUCACACCUGUCAUGAAAAAUCAAAGACCAUGAAACUAUUUAGUUCAUCUUAUAUGUCGCAAUAUUAUUAAAAUAUAAAUUUAUCAUAAAUGUUCAGUGAAAAAGUGUUGAAAAUAUAUUUUGAAAGUUAUUAUUAUAGAAGAACGUUGUUUUACUGCAGUGUUUUAUGCCCAUAUUGUGUUAUUGAGAUGUAGGGGAGAUAGUCAGGCAUUAAAUAGAAUUAAGGGG